GGUUCAUUCGUCAACAGCUCACGAUCCGGUGAUCAUCCCGCAAAGUUUCGCGCUCACGUUCUGAUCGUCUUCUACAAGAGAUUCAUCUCUCUCUCUCUCUCGUUGGUUAUCGUCGGUCAAGUUCGUGAUCUUAAAAAAAAGGGUCAGAAGAACUCAGUGUUUGAAUUUGAGUGGUUGAUAGUGUGAUAGGUGUUGGUGGUAAAAUCAUGUUAAAGUUUGUGCUAAUAAGUGCCCUCGUGGCAGGAGCAAGUGCUGGUUACGCCAGCAGCCAGUACGCCGGUGCCGGUACGUCCUCUGGUCUGUACAACCAGGUCAACUCGAACUUCGACAGCAGUGCUUACGCUGACAAGUACCCCUAUACCAAUACAGGUUACAACGGGGGCUUCACGUCGAACUUUGCCGGACCGAACGGAGUCGGCGUCGCGGCCGGUUCCGGUGCGUUCACGCCCGGAUUCGCGACCUUCCAGUCGGCCCCGGCCUUCCCGCCUGCGUUUAACUUCAACGGGUUCUACCAGGGCCUGCAGGCCAACUUUGCCAAUUCAGCUACGCAGACUUUCGCGACCCCGGGAGCAACGGCCGAGGCGUCAGCGUCCCAGCUGGGCCACUACCGGCACGAUCCUCAGCAACAGUAUUCCCAGCAGCAAUCGUGGCAACUAGACCAAGGAAAUCUCCCCACCUCGUACUCUAACGUUUACAACCCUAGCUACGUAGCUGGCUAUGAUGGUGGGCUCUACGGUUCUAACAACUUGUAUCAGCAGCAAUUAGCGCAUCAGAACGCCCUGUUCAACAGCUUCCGCCAGCAGCAGGCCGCCUUCGCAGCGAACGCCCCCAACGCUGGAGCUGGUAACUACGCUGGAGCUGGCAACUACGCUGGAAGCGGCCACUUUGGAGGACCUGGCUAUGCCGGUGCGUCGGCUUCGUACGGUCCGGGAGGAUUCCACCAGACGGCGCAGAUCUACCCGCAGAAUCCGGCAUCGCCAAACAUUGAUACCCGUUUUGGAGGUGACUCACAGCAAGGAGGACCAGGAUUCGUUGGAGUGUCCAGCUUCUCUUCGUCAUCGAACAUCAACGGUCAAUCGCACCGUGAAGCGUCCACCUCGGUCAACGACAACGGCAAGGUCACCACCUACCACGUGCGCUCUUAAGCCUUGAAGCGCUAGACGACCAUCUGAAACGAUUAGACAACGAUCGAUGAACGGAACAGCAAAGAGAUUAUAUUUUUUGGCAUAAAAGAAAAACCCUUCCAGUGUACUUACAAUUUUAGAAAAUAGAAUGAGCUUAAUCAUGAGUACUUUAAGACUUGGUCUGUCAAUACUUCGGAACUGAAAUAAACAAUGUGGUGAAUAAAACGA